AUCACAUUAGCUUAAAUAAGCGGUUCAAGUCUUUUUCUCCAUCCAUUGAACAUUCAUUUUAUUGACCUUUAAUCUGCUAGUUAUAAUACAGGAAAGGUGAAAGGUAAGAACAGAUUUUCUAAGUUCUGUUUAUCUUAACUUCUGAGAUUAAGAGCCGAACUUUCAGAAUUUGUUCUUAAAACUUUCCCAUUAAAGCUUUUCUAAGCAACCCUUCUGAAAUCAGAUUCUAUACUGCUCAUUUUAGAUUCAUCAGGAAAAACAUAAUGGGAUUCACUGGGACCUUAGAGAAAUGCAAGGCCUGCGACAAGACUGUUUAUUUCAUCGAAUUGGUGUCUGCUGAUGGAGUUCCUUAUCAUAAGAAGUGCUUCAAAUGCAGCCACUGCAAUGGACUUCUUGUGAUGAGUAGCUAUUCCUCGAUUGAUGGAGUUUUAUACUGCAAACCUCAUUACGACCAGCUCUUCAAGGAGACCGAUGAAGAGAAGAAAAACUGCCUGACAAAGGCCCCAAGCAAACUUUCCUCCAUGUUCAGUGGCACCCAAGACAAAUGUGCUUUCUGUAAAAAAACUGCAUACCCAUUAGAGAAGGUGACUGUGGAGGGAGAAUUCUAUCACAAGUCAUGCUUCAGGUGUUCUCAUGGGGGUUGCUGUAUCACACCUUCUUCUUAUGCAGCUCUUGAUGGUAUCCUAUACUGCAAGGCCCACUUUGCUCAAUUGUUUAAGCAGAAGGGUAGCUACAGUUAUCUCACCAAAACUGCCACAAUGAAGAAAAACGCAGUAAAUUUGCCAGAAGAAAAAUCCGAAGCAGCAGAAAACAAUGAAACAGUACCAGAAGCAAACGCAGAUGCUAACUCUGAUUUAGCCAUUGACAAGAGACAUCAUAAUUCAUGAGAAUCUGCAGAGCUAGUUCUCAAUGCUGUGUUGUUCCUUUCACAUGCCUCUCUAGGGGACAUUGAGGUUACAAGAGUGGUUGCUUUCCUUGUUCCUACUCAGGCAUGUGUCAACAGAGAAUGGGAACCUGGAAUUUUGUUUCGCCUUGGAAUUUGGAAACUAAAUAGAGACUUCUGUAAUAUUUCUAUUUUGCAGGUGCAGUUGAUGAACGAAAAUAAAAUUUCACUUCUUUC